AUGGCUACACCGGACAAAAAUGCGCUGAAAGCCGAUGAAAUUGAAAAGCAAAAGUCGUUUCGGAAGGCGGCCGACAAGGUGGAUCCGCCCACCGUCAACGUGCCCAUGCCCGCGCCACAGAAGGAUGUUAAGUCGUUGGACCCACGGACCGGCGUUUCGCAGAUGAAGAAGGAAAAAGUGGGUUUUUUAAAGUUACAGUACCCUCUAGUAAAGAUACUGUAAUACCGUAUCUUAUACCAAAGUCAUACUGUUCUUCAGUACCCUAUAGUACAGAUAUACUGUAAUAUUGUAUAUUCUGCCAAAACAAUACUGUACUACAGUACUCCUAUCGAAAUCCUACCGUACAACAUCCGCUCCCCCUCACCCAUCAUAAACAUACGGUACUACAGUACAUUACAGUACCUUCCUUUUCAGAACCCGAAUGUGAAAGUGAACUUGAAAGAGAUGAUAAAACAACAUUUGCUAGCCGGUGCCAAGAAGAUGGACUACUCGACGGACGAGAUCCUAUCCGUCCUGGAAGUAGCCAAAGCCUCGUUCGCAAAACAACCCUCCCUAAUCGAAAUGCCCGCGCCCAUCAAUAUCUGCGGCGAUAUUCAUGGACAGUACACCGAUCUUAUGAGGGUCUUUAACGUAAGUUCUUUUACCUUACCGAGUACUAGUCCCCCGGCAAAUAAUUUAAUCUUCCCCAAAAGUCUAUUUUUGCACCCCCUGGCACUACUCCGUCCCCGAAGAAAAUUUUUACCCCCCCCCCGGUAAAAAACCUUCUAAACAUUUAAUUUUUACUCCUUCCGACUAACGAAAAAUCUAUUUUUGCCCCUCCUGGUAAUAAUCCACCCCCCCCCCCAAAACGUUUUUUUACCCCACCCGACGGAUAUACAAGCCAAAAAUCAUCUUUUACUGCGCCCAACCUUAAAAUCAACUUUUUUAAGGUCUAGGUUCACCACGCUAAGAUUUUCUUUAAACUUUUUACCCCCCCCCCAUCAAUAAUCCUCCUCAAAAACCUUGUUUUACCCCGCCCGACCGAUAUCCAACUAAAAAUUGUUUUUACCCGCCCAAUUACGAUUUUCUUGAAGUUUUUACCCUACCCACCAAAAAAAUCCUAAAAAACGUCACUUUACCACGCCCAUCCCUAUAACCACCCUUUUUUAAUGUUAGGAGCCUCCAUUAUGAUUUUCUUGAAAUUUUUUACCCCGCCCAUCCAUAAUCAUCCUCAAAAACCUUGUUUUACCUCGCCCGACCAAUAUCCAACUAAAAAACCUCGUUUUACCCUGCCCAUAGAUAAUCAUCCUCAAAACCCUAGUUUUACCCCUCCCAUCAACAAUCCUUCCUAAAAACCUCGUUUUACCCCGCCCAUCAAUGUUCCUCUCUAAAAACCUUGUUUUACCCCGCCCAUCGAUAAUCAUCCUGAAAAACCUCGUUUUACCCCGCCCAUCAACAAUCCUCCCCAAAUUAUCUUAUUACCCCGCCCAAACCUAAAAUCAACCAAAUUUUAGUCGUGUGGCCUGCCAUUCAAGAAGAACUUCCUCUUCCUGGGCGACUACGUGGACCGAGGCCAUCACUCGCUGGAGGUGAUAAUGUUAUUGAUGGCUUGCAAAGUCAAGUUCCCGGACAAUAUCUGGCUGCUGCGAGGGAAUCACGAGCUCAAGAACAUUAAUCGAGUCUACGGCUUUCGAGCCGAGCUCCGCCAACGAUAUCGACAGGAUGGAGAGAUGCUACACAACGAGUUCAACGAUGUCUUUGCUCAGAUGCCCUUUGCAGCACUAGUUCAGAGCAAAAUACUGUGCAUGCACGGGGGGUUGUCGCCGCUGAUCAAGUCCAUGGACGAUAUUCGAAAGAUCACGAGAGGAAAGCACGUCCUGGACAAGGACAGCAUCGAACAAGACUUGGUUUGGGCCGACCCCGAGUAUGGAGUGAGAGGCUUCCAGAAGAACGAACUCAGAGGAGUCUCGUACUAUUUUGGACCAGAUGCGAUUAAAGACAUGUGUCAGAAGCUGAAUAUUGAUAUGAUUGUAAGAGCACAUCAGGUAAGACUAUUGAUUAGUUAUAGAGAUAUUGAGCAUAUGGUUGAGCGGGUGAAAAAGGAAUCAACUUCGAUGUUACACUAGGUGACCGAAAAAUACCUGGAGUGCACUCAAUGAAAUUGCUACCAAAAACCCCCAGGGUUUUUUCGGUGGCCCUAAAUUUACUUUUAAACUGCCAAAGCCUAAUAUAAUAGCUAUUAAAACCACUUUCAGGUAGUUGAAUUUGGCUACUCAUUCUUCGCCAAUCGUUCCCUUGUCACCGUGUUCACCGCAGCCCGAUAUCACCCCGACACCCCCAACUAUGGUGGUAUUGUGCAAGUCAGCAAGAACAUGGAAAUCAGCUUCCUCCAACUGAAACCGAAAGAAGGCCGUGAAGUUGGAGAAGUCGAAAAGAAAAUCGUCCGAACCAUGGACUGCGACGAGGAAGACGAUCAUAAAGAUAAAUAA